AUGCCCGACCUCGAACGGCCCCCAACCUACUCAUCGAUCGAUCCCCGGCAAAGCAAGCCCACAACAUCCAUUGAGACAACUACGCAAGAACCUCAAGACCGCAUCUUCACUCUUCACCGCGCUCAAGACCACGCUCGCAGUUCUGGAAUCCACAUCAAACAAAAUGACAACACCCUUUACUACGUGGGCCACUACAACGGUCCUACCCAGUCCUCCGACAUCAUCCUCUACGCUGGUUACGAUUCUCUCGGUCCUUGGCUUGCGCAGCUACGCUUCGAGCAGUAUAGUAAAGACUUCAAAGUCUAUAUCGGCGAUUUGAAAACGCCGGCCAAAGACGAUUGGGAUGUCGUUCGAUGUGCUGCCGGAGGGGGUAUUUUUAGCGACUCAGCUUUUCGAUUCGAAUGUCGAUGUGGCAGUAAAAAGUCGAGGCUCUACUGGACACGAACGCGGGAUAGCAAGCUUGGGGCUUCGCGGUGGAGUCCACGGGACUUUAGACUCGUUGACGAAGAGAGCGCUGCUGUUGUGGCUGCCUACGUGGAGAAACAUCUAGGCGAGGGAGCUGUGAAGGGGAGUGUUAGGUUCCUGCAGGAGGUGGAGCCCAAGGUGGAAGUCAUGGGUCUGAUGGUGCUCCUGGGGUUGCUGGACAAGACGAGAAGAUACAUGAUGAGUGUGGCGAGGGCGUUUCCGAAUACCAAUGGUUAUUGA